AUGUUAAACUUGGAAAAGGCUUUUGAGCUUUUAGGGUUACAAAGAAAUGACGUAAUUUCUGAUAUUCGUUGCAAAUAUUUGAAACUUGCUAAAAAGACCCAUCCGGACAAAUCUCAAAACCAAAACAUUAAUGCAGCGGAGGCAACGAAUAACUUUAUCGCAAUAAAAGAAGCCUAUGAGUACCUACUAGAAAACAUAAAAUCGAAAAAAUUAUUGAGUGAACUCGGGCAUAAUUCAAAAUUCGAUGGGUUUGUGGAAACCGUGGAUUUCUCAGAAUUAGGAUACGACGAACAAAUCUCGUGCCAUGUAUACAUUUGUAGGUGUGGAGAAAUAGUACAGUUGCGUAAUUUUGAAGCAAUGGGCUAUAAAUUGGAAAGUUUCUCUUGCCAAGCGUGUUCAUUGAGAGUCAAAAUAAUUUUGUCAUCAAGCAGUUGA